CUUCCCUCGGCGGUUCCAUUGGAGCAGCCGGAGACAAGUUGGCGCCAUUUUGAAGCCGACAGGGGGACCGGGGCGAGCUGCGGAAGGGGAGGGGGUUAGAGGCGAUUGGCUGCGGCUACGGCGGCAGCUCCUCUCCGAGCCCGGAGCAGCGGCAGCGCGGAGCGGACCCGCCUGGGACCAGCGAGGAGAGGCGGCUGCGGCGGGUUUUAAAAUUGUGAAAUCAUGGCUCAUUCAAAGACGAGAGCCAACGAUGGAAAAAUCACAUAUCCUCCAGGAGUCAAAGAAAUCUCUGACAAAAUAUCUAAAGAAGAGAUGGUGAGAAGGUUAAAGAUGGUUGUGAAAACUUUCAUGGAUAUGGACCAGGAUUCUGAAGAAGAAAAGGAGCUCUACCUAAACCUUGCUUUACAUCUUGCUUCAGAUUUUUUCCUCAAACAUCCUGAUAAGGAUGUACGUUUAUUGGUAGCGUGUUGUCUUGCUGAUAUUUUCAGAAUUUAUGCCCCUGAAGCUCCAUACACUUCACCAGAUAAACUAAAGGAUAUAUUUAUGUUCAUAACAAGGCAACUUAAGGGUUUAGAAGACACAAAAAGCCCCCAGUUUAAUCGAUAUUUUUAUUUGCUUGAGAACAUUGCUUGGGUCAAGUCUUAUAACAUAUGCUUUGAAUUAGAAGACAGCAAUGAGAUUUUUACACAGUUGUACAGAACGCUGUUUUCAGUAAUAAACAACGGUCAUAACCAAAAAGUACACAUGCACAUGGUUGAUCUAAUGAGCUCUAUCAUUUGUGAGGGAGAUACUGUGUCACAGGAACUCCUGGAUACAGUGUUAGUUAACCUAGUGCCAGCACAUAAGAAUUUGAAUAAGCAAGCCUAUGAUUUAGCAAAGGCUUUACUAAAGAGGACAGCACAAGCAAUUGAACCAUACAUUACUAAUUUCUUCAAUCAGGUCCUCAUGCUUGGUAAAACAUCAAUCAGUGAUCUGUCAGAACACGUGUUCGACUUGAUUCUGGAGUUAUACAAUAUUGACAGCCACCUCUUGCUUUCUGUUCUACCACAGCUUGAAUUCAAACUUAAGAGCAAUGACAAUGAAGAACGUCUGCAGGUUGUAAAACUUCUGGCAAAAAUGUUUGGGGCGAAGGAUUCAGAGUUGGCAUCUCAAAACAAACCACUUUGGCAGUGCUACCUGGGAAGGUUUAAUGAUAUCCAUGUCCCUAUUCGUCUUGAAUGUGUGAAAUUUGCAAGUCACUGCCUUAUGAACCAUCCCGACCUAGCAAAAGACUUAACAGAAUAUCUUAAAGUAAGGUCACAUGAUCCUGAAGAGGCCAUAAGGCAUGAUGUUAUAGUAUCCAUAGUUACUGCUGCUAAAAAAGAUCUUUUGCUUGUCAAUGAUCACCUGCUUAAUUUUGUCAGAGAACGAACACUGGACAAGAGGUGGCGAGUGAGGAAGGAAGCUAUGAUGGGACUUGCACAGAUAUACAAGAAAUAUUCAUUACAAUCAGAAGCAGGAAAAGAAGCUGCAAAACAGAUAUCAUGGAUCAAAGAUAAACUUUUGCAUAUAUAUUAUCAAAACAGUAUUGAUGACCGAUUACUUGUUGAACGCAUCUUUGCUCAGUAUAUGGUGCCUCACAACUUGGAAACAAAUGAACGAAUGAAAUGUUUGUAUUACCUUUAUGCAACACUGGAUUCAAAUGCUGUGAAAGCAUUGAACGAGAUGUGGAAAUGUCAAAAUCUGCUACGGCAUCAAGUAAAGGAUUUAGUUGACCUAAUAAAACAACCUAAAACAGAUGCCAGCAGUAAAGCUAUAUUCUCAAAAGUGAUGGUUAUAACAAGAAACCUCCCUGAUCCAGGGAAAGCUCAAGAUUUCAUGAAAAAGUUCACACAAGUUUUAGAAGAUGAUGAAAAAAUACGAAGUCAAUUAGAAAUGCUUGUUAGCCCAACAUGUUCUUGCAAACAGGCUGAAGGAUGUGUGAGGGAAAUAACAAAGAAGUUGGGCAAUCCAAAACAGCCAACGAAUCCUUUCCUGGAAAUGAUAAAGUUUCUUCUUGAGAGAAUUGCUCCUGUGCACAUUGAUACUGAAUCCAUCAGUGCCCUUAUCAAGCAAGUAAACAAAUCUAUAGAUGGCACAGCUGAUGAUGAAGAUGAGGGUGUACCUACUGACCAAGCAAUCAGAGCAGGUCUUGAAUUGCUUAAGGUACUUUCAUUUACACACCCAAUCUCAUUUCAUUCAGCUGAAACUUUUGAAUCUCUCCUGGCUUGCUUGAAAAUGGAUGAUGAAAAGGUGGCAGAAGCUGCAUUACAAAUUUUCAAAAAUACAGGAAGUAAAAUUGAAGAAGACUUUCCUCAUAUAAGAUCUGCUUUGCUUCCAGUGUUGCACCAUAAAGCUAAAAAGGGACCCCCUCGUCAAGCCAAGUACGCUAUUCACUGCAUUCAUGCAAUAUUUUCCAGCAAAGAAACUCAGUUUGCACAGAUAUUUGAGCCACUGCAUAAAAGUCUGGAUCCAAGCAAUUUUGAGCAUCUGAUUACACCAUUGGUUACUAUUGGCCAUAUAGCCAUGCUAGCACCUGAUCAAUUUGCUGCCCCAUUGAAAUCUUUGGUUGCCACUUUUAUUGUUAAAGAUCUUUUAAUGAAUGACAGGCUUCCAGGGAAAAAAACAACAAAACUUUGGGUCCCAGAUGAAGAAGUAUCUCCUGAAACGCUUGUUAAAAUUCAGGCCAUCAAGAUGAUGGUUCGAUGGUUGCUAGGAAUGAAAAACAAUCACAGCAAAUCAGGGACUUCUACUCUGAGGUUGCUAACAACAAUAUUACACAGCGAUGGAGAUUUGACAGAGCAGGGGAAAAUUAGUAAACCUGAUAUGUCUCGGUUGAGGCUGGCUGCAGGGAAUGCUAUUGUGAAGUUGGCACAAGAACCUUGUUACCAUGAAAUCAUCACCUUAGAACAGUACCAGCUGUGUGCACUAGCCAUAAAUGAUGAAUGUUACCAAGUGAGACAGAUAUUUGCUCAGAAACUUCACAAAGGCCUUUCUAGACUACGGCUGCCUCUAGAAUAUAUGGCUAUAUGUGCACUGUGUGCAAAAGAUCCAGUGAAAGAGAGAAGAGCUCAUGCUAGGCAGUGCCUUGUGAAGAACAUAAAUGUCAGGAGGGAGUAUCUGAAGCAACACGCAGCAGUCAGUGAGAAACUGUUGUCACUUCUGCCUGAGUAUGUUGUUCCUUAUACUAUCCAUCUGCUAGCUCAUGACCCAGAUUAUGUCAAAGUCCAGGACAUUGAACAGCUCAAGGACAUUAAAGAGUGCCUGUGGUUCAUACUGGAAAUACUGAUGGCGAAAAAUGAAAACAACAGUCAUGCAUUUAUCAGAAAAAUGGUAGAAAAUAUCAAACAGACUAAGGAUGCUCAAGGUCCAGAUGAUCCAAAAAUGAAUGAAAAACUGUACACAGUCUGUGAUGUAGCAAUGAAUAUUAUUAUGUCAAAGAGUACAACAUACAGCUUGGAAUCCCCUAAAGACCCUGUACUUCCAGCCAGAUAUUUUACUCAACCCGACAAGAAUUUCAGUAACACCAAAAAUUAUCUUCCUCCGGAAAUGAAGUCUUUUUUCACUCCUGGAAAGCCUAAAGCAGCCAACGUUCUUGGAGCAGUUAAUAAGCCUCUGUCGUCAGCAGGCAAACAGUCUCAGUCCAAAUCUUCCCGAAUGGAAACUGUAAGCAAUGCCAGCAGCAGUUCAAAUCCAAGCUCUCCAGGAAGGAUCAAAGGGAGGCUUGACAGUUCUGAAAUGGACCACAGUGAAAAUGAAGAAUUCACACUGGCUUCACCCUUACCAGGGAAGAAGACUGACAAAAGGGACGACUCUGAUCUUUCAGAGAUGGAGAAGCCGAGAGGACGGAAGAAAGCAGCUAUCACAGAUUCAGAAGAGAAGCUUAGCAUAGAUGACCUAAAUAAACUGGGUCAAGAGCAGAAACUUAGAGGUAGUCAACGGGGAAGGAAGAGACCUGCAGUUGUUUCAGAAUCUGAUGAAACACAAUGGCAAGAGGAAAAAAGGCUAAAAGAAGAUGUAAUAGAAAGCGAAGAUGAACAAAACAGCCCACCAAAGAAAGGGAGAAGAGGACGCCCUCCCAAAGCAAAUAAUGGAGGAACACCAAAGGAAGAACCAGUAGCAAAGUCAUCAAAACGGAGCAAAAAAAAACAAACGCCAUCAGCUGCAGCAGAAGAGGAGGAGGAGGAGGAAGAAAGGCAAACUGAAAAUAUUGAACAAAAACCAAAAGGCAGGCAAAAUAGGACACAGAAAAGGGCACCGCAAAGAGCAGAGCCAUCUGAAACUAGUACAGUUGAAUCAGCACAGUCUACGCCACAGAAAAGACGAGGAAGGUCAUCAAACACACCCCCAUCACAGCCAAAAAAAGUCCGUGCAGGACGUUCCAAACAAGCAGCCAGUAAAGAGAAUGAAUCUAGUGAAGAGAUGGAUGUUUUUCAGAGUAGUUCACCUGUCAGUGAUGACAUUCCCCAGGAAGAAGUAAUGGAAGAAGAAGAAGUUUCCACAAUCAAUGUCCGUCGCAGAACUUCCAAAAGGGAAAGGCGAUGAGUGAGCGUGUAGUUAUCAGCCUUCCAGGUGAAAUCUUUGAAGAAUGCUUUUAAUAUAAAGCUUGAGACUGAAUUGAAGCUGUUUGUGCACAAAUGGGGUUGCUGAAAAAGAAAAAAAAAGACAAAACCUAUUUUACUUUUACUGCCCCAGCAUUUGCAGUCCCUAGGUCACAAGCUUUAGCCACACACAUGUUGAUAUCAUUAACUGUGGAUUUUUGUGAAGUGUAAUGUGCGCUGGCUUUGUAGACAUAUGAACUAAAGAAGAAAACUGUAAAUAGUUCUUUUUUUAAUGUUUCUGACUUCUAAAGUGCUUGUAUAGCUUUUAUCUGCGGCUUUAAACUGACAGUACCCCACUGUUUAUUUGAUCUAUUGAUUUAAAAAAGGAACAGAGUUUGUUGAAAAUUAAUCUCAAGCAAUAUCUGUCAGUGUUUGUAUUUGUACUCUUGUUGACAUUUAACUGUGAAAAAAAAUAAUCAGUUGAGCAAAUAGUGCCACUUUCUUUUGCCACUAUUUGUUGAAAAGAAGAAGAAGAAAAAAAAAGGUCUUUAUUUCCUUCCUGAAUCUAACCUAAUGUUUACCUUUAGGCACCUACCUAUCAUCAGAGGUGCUAAAUUACUUUCUUUUACAGUUGAACAAUGUUGGAUAGAAUAAUACAAGAGAUACAAAUUUUGAAAGAAGUUGUUUGACUUAUUUUACACCUCAGUAUUGAUGCCAGACUUCUCUGGACUUCUCUGGUGGCAUUGAAAAUUCAAAAAGGAUUUAAAAUAUUUUAAUUUUAAAAGUGUGUUAUUAAAUAUUGUACUGAAUACCCUACCCAUUUUAUCUUCCCCUAUCAGUUUUUAUUAAUCUACUGUAUCAAUAAAAUUCUGUAACUGAGUUUUUAAUAGUCUAGUAUGUUAAUGUGUAUAGAUAUUUCCUUCUGAACAUGAUGUUCACAAAGAGCAAAUUAUUACUACAUUAUAAUAUGAAAUCUGAUAUAUAAACAUUAGUGAAAAUACAGUUCUUAUUACAAUGUAAAGUUAAUCACAAAGAAAAAUUUUAUUGAUGCAGUGUGUCUUUAUAAAGCUGUUCUUGAGAGCCAAGUGUUUUGUAUUUUAUAGUGAAGUUGCAUGUUUAUGAAAAAUGUGCUGAAAAUGGGAUGUAAUGUUUUUUUGGAAACUCGUAUCUAGCAGUAGAAUAUGGUAGGUUGCCUCAUGAGAGAACCUUUUAUUGAGAGUUUAUUGUACCUUUUUGUUUUGUUUUUUUGAGCCAAUUUUUUUUUUUUUUGGUAUGAAGAGCUAAUUUUUUGUUGAAUAACCAGCUGUUGAUUAUUGCAGUUGAGGUAUUCAAAAUUUGAAUGAAGCUCCAUUUUUAUUUUGUGCUACCAUAGAGAGGUGGGGUUUUUUUUUGUUUAUUUGAAAUUUUUUAAGGUUUAAUUUAAAAAAAAAAAAAAAAGUGAAAAAAAAAAAGCAAAAAAAAAAAGUGAAAAAAAAGCUAAAUACUUAAGGCAGUAUCCUGUAUGCAGUUUUACAGUUUACAAACUGUGUCUUUGAACCAAAAUGUAUAGGUUACUAUACUAUGCUUAGCCAAGUACAUAUUAUUUCAGGUGCUGUUCUCCCUCUGGUGUCCUUCAGUUGACAACCCAAAAAAUCUAUUUCUAAUUUAGGGAAAUUGUAUUUCAUUGUCUAAUGGAGCAUUUCCAUAUAAUCCAUCAAUCACUAAGUUACAGUUGCAAGGUGGCCUGUAAAGAUCAGAGGAAAGGAUAAAUCCAAAACCACAGAUUUACUGGGUACCAAAUUAUAAGAUCACUCGCAAAGAAGCCUUUAAAAUGUUUUUUAUUAGGCUUUUCUGUUGUUGUUGUUGUUGUUACCAGUGGAAAAAGGUAUAUAAACAACUAGAUUAUUCUGCCUCAGUUUAAUUUCCUCUCUCCCCCCUCCAGUGUUCAGCUUUUCAACAGCUAUACCUAUGGUUAUGGAGAAAAUGCUGCCCAAAAAGGCAAUUAUGGUUGAUUUGAAUUGACUUUUAAAGAGUAGGCACAAAGGAACUGGCUCACCUAUGCUUCAGCAGUGCACAUGCCAGUUGUUGGGUUUUUUUAUGGUAUAAAAUGAUUGAAAGCUAGCUUUAUAUUUUCCUCUUUGACAGAAUUGCACUGAAAACAUUUAUGGAAGAUGUACCUUGAAGUCCAUUUUAUACAAAAAGACGAAAAACUGAUGCUGAAACUGCUGCAGACUCUUGAGGCUUUAUGUGCAUAACCACAGUUAGGUUAAACUUCAUCAAAUAUUGAUGCACAUUAUGAUCAGUAAUGUUCAAUGUAAAUUUAAACUAUAGUUUCUCAAUUGUUGAUUUCUUGGGUUAUAAUGUGUAAUUCAUUAUAUCUUGAGAAAUAGCACAGCAAGUCUUUCGUUCUUAUAUUCAAACCUCUUCUAAUAGAGUUCAUUCUCAUCUCACAUAAAGAAAAUUAAUAUUUUAUGUACUAACAUUUUGAGAUCUGCAUACAGUAGCUACAGUAGAGUAUAAUUAUGUAUGAAAGAUAAUUGCUAACAUACAGUUAGCAUGCUCUUCUGCAAUGCCUAAUGUUAAGUUUAUAAAAAUGUACUGUAUUACAUUAAAAGAUCAAAUUGAACUCAU